CAAUAGUCAGUUACUGACAGUUAGUCUAGUAAGUCUACUGCAGCUGCACUUUACUCAGCCACCCAAACAAUAACCUGUGAGCAAAAUGGGAAUCCAAUACCUAACAACGCUCAUUAAUAACCACUAUCCUUCAAAGACCUGGAGAACCAUUACACCAAGAGGUAAACUUGUUCUGGAUGGGCUGAGUGUCAGUAGAACGGUAGCUAGCAGCAAAUUUGACUGGACAUAUGGUGGACAAUACUGGGAACUGAGGGACUACUUCAUAAGAUUUUUCAAAGGGCUCAGAUAUAGUGGUAUAGACCCCUUUGUGAUAUUUGAUGGGGUUGAUUAUAAUGAAGAGAAAAGAGAAACUAUACUAGACCGAUUGAAUAAAAAAGUAAACAAUGUCUUUGAUACAUUUUAUAUGACAACUGAUGCAGAUUCUGUUGUCCCAAUAUUCACUGACAUUGUAUUCUGUGAGACUCUAAAAGAGCUUGGAGUUGAGUUUAUAUUUGCUGAUGGAGAUGCAGACCGAGACACAGCCCGAAUAGCUAACCACUACAAUUGUCCAGUCGUUGCCAAUGAUUCCGAUUAUUUCAUCUUUAAUUUAAAAGCUGGAUAUAUUCCAUUGAAUUGUCUCUACUGGGAUCAACAACCGGUGAAAGCCAAAUUAUAUGAACGAGAUCAAUUCACCAAAAAAUUUUUUAAUCACGAUCGAAAUCUCAUAUACCUCAUACCAGCCAUUAUGGGAAACGAUUUUAUGAAACGAAUGAAGCGAAGAAGUUUAAGUGCUGCAAUUGCUGAUGCUUCUCAGAAAGCAAAAAAAUCUGGAACAGAAAUAAAGCAAGAUGAGAAGUUAGACACGUUAUGCUACAUUUCCACUUUUGACACUGUCAAAGAUGUUAUGUCUCAUUUAUCUAAAAUCUGCCAAGACAAUGAGAUUCGCAACAUAAAAAAAAACUACGAGAGAGCAAAGGAAUUAUAUGAUAUACAGCAUAUAGGAAUUAGCAGAGACGAAUUAGUAAAAUGCACGAAUUUAAAGACAAAGAGUGGUGCUCCACUUCCUUGUAUUUUAAGGCAAUAUCGCAAAGGAUGCUUUGCCAGAUCAGUAAUGGUAGUUCUAGUAUUAAACAAGUAUUUAAUACCAGUGAUGAUUGAUAAUCCAUACAAUUACACAGCAAUGAGGAUAGGAAAACACAUACGGAAAUGUAUCUAUAUGAUACUGUCACCAUACUUAUCAAAACCAACUAUUACUAAUGAGGAACCUCUUGAGGAAAGUGUCAGCUGGACUGAUGUCAGCCACCUUAAUUUACCGUUUAUCGAUGAUGUGAUGCUUCUCAAUGAAGAUAAGCAAAUUGAAGUACUUUGUAAAGUAAUGAAGACACCUGUUGAAAUCCUGACAUUAUUUAUAGAAUCAGAAUCAAAGUGGAAGCUAGUUGCAGUGUCGUUGCACUAUUGGUCACAGCAUGCUCAUCCUGAUAUUCAUUUAAUUGAGGCAUUAGUUUUGUGCUUUAUUCAUUGCUCCUUUGAUGAAACAGUAUGUCCUUCUAAUAAGGUACCUGAUCAUAGAAGAGAUGAGAAGUGGCUGGAAGCAUUGCAUACUUUUGCACAAUGGAGCUGUACUUAUUAUGAUGCACUGAGGCUCAACAAUGUCCUAAUGAACCCGUUACCAUUCAUGUCACCAGCACUUUUGUUUAAUGGUAAACUCGUCAUGCAUUAUUCUUGCAUAGAUAGCAUUGGCAUUCAUAAAAGAAAUAUCCUCAAGUCUUCCUUUGCUAAAAUAAUUUUUGAUGUACUUGUGUUUGUAUGUACUUUUAAUAAUACGACAGAAUAUUGCAGUUAAUUAUCACUGUCAUAAUAAUCUUAUUAUGAGUUUUGUAAUAAUUGUCUAGAUCUGUUACUUUUGCUAUAGUACAUAUUUUUGGUAUUAUAUCGAUGUGUAU